AAUGGUGUGAGCAGGAGAGAUAGUGGGAGCAGGGGAGGGAAUCAUAUGGGCAACUGAAGGGGCAACUGGGAGGACCAGACGAAUACGUCUAGAUCUCAAGAGUGAUCACUCUCCCAGCUCCGAUCAGAUCAUGGAAUCGUCUUCGUCGGAGGAAGAGCAAGACCGAAGAGUCCCGUUCAGCCGGAGACCGGAGUGGUCGGACGUCACUCCGGUUCCCCAAGACGACGGCCCGAAUCCGGUCGUUCCCAUCGCUUACAGGGAAGACUUCGCGGAGACCAUGGACUACUUCCGAGGCGUCUACUUGGCCGACGAGCGCUCUCCUCGCUCUCUCCAACUCACUGCCGAAGCCAUCUCCAUGAACCCCGGAAACUACACCGUAUGGCAGUUUAGGCGUCUUAUACUUAAGGCGUUGAAUGCCGACUUACAUGAUGAACUCGAUUUUGUUGAACGCAUAGCUGAUAACAACUCAAAAAACUAUCAGAUAUGGCAUCAUAGGCGCUGGGUUGCGGAGAAACUGGGAACUGAUGCUAUGAGCAAAGAGCUUGACUUCACCAGGAAGAUUUUCUCUAUAGAUGCUAAGAAUUACCAUGCCUGGUCCCAUAGGCAGUGGGUUCUUCAGGCAUUAGGAGGCUGGGAAGAUGAACUUGCCUAUUGUCAGAAGCUUCUUGAAGAUGACAUUUUCAACAAUUCUGCUUGGAAUCAGAGAUAUUUUGUUGUGACAAGAUCCCCCCUCUUGGGAGGCCUGAAAAACAUGAGAGAAUCUGAAGUGCGUUAUGCAGUGGAAGCCAUUAUGGCCGCACCGGAGAAUGAAAGUCCAUGGAGAUACCUCCGGGGCCUUUACAAAGAUGAUAUGCAGUCUUGGACAAAUGAUCCUGAAGUGUCUCGAGUAUGUUGGAAGGUUUUGCAUUCAAGAAGCAACUAUAUCUUUGCUCUGAACACACUUUUGGAUCUUCUCUGUCAAGGUUUUAAACCAGGCCAAGAGUUCAAAGAUGCUGUAGGGACUUUGAUUCCAGUGCCAGACUCAUCAGAUUCAGAUUUGGCAAAAACAGUUUGUUCCCUCUUGGAGCAUGUUGAUCCAAUGAGAGCAAAUUACUGGAUAUGGCGCAAGAAAACUCUUUCUUUACAAUCAGUUUAGCACAGUAGAUCCUUUGGUUUAUGCUAUUAACUGUUGAUAAUCAACUCAAGUUCCGACUGUUAUCUUCUACAUUUCCAUUUCAUUGUGACUGCUUUUGAAUUGGUUAUAUACAUGUAGUAUACAGUAUGUGGAUCUUAUGCAACCAAAUGCUUCAGAGAUCAUUUUGAAGGUC